AUGCGCGCCUCAGGUAAAGGCUUAAAGGGCGCCAGUUCUGUGGCCCACCUCCCCGCCCAAAGCUUGCUAGGCUGUUGCUGGGUAUGUGGACCAGGGACUGGAUCACUGUCCCAGCCAGGUCCUGACACCUGGCCUUUGCAGAGUGGCGGGUAUGAUCUCAACCUCUUCGCCAGCCCUCCUGACAGCAACUUUGUGUGCUCCGUCUGCCAUGGGGUUCUCAAGAGGCCAGCAAGGUUGCCAUGCAGCCACAUCUUCUGCAAAAAGUGCAUCUUCCAGUGGCUAGCCAGACAAAAGACCUGUCCGUGCUGUAGGAAAGAGGUGAAAAGGAAAAAGAUAGUCCGCGUGAAUAAACUCCGGAAAACCAUUGGCCGCCUGGAAGUCAAGUGCAAGAAUGCCAACGCUGGCUGCAUAGUGACGUGCCCCCUGGCCCAUCGCAAGGGGCACCAGGACUCAUGCCCCUUCGAGCUAAUGGCCUGCCCCAACGAGGGCUGCACCUCGCGCGUGCCGCGUGGGGCCCUGGCAGAGCACCGGCAGCACUGCCAGCAAGGAUCCCAGCAGCGCUGCCCCCUGGGCUGCGGGGCCACGCUGGACCCGGCCAAGCGCGCUCGCCACAACUGCUACCGGGAGCUGCACAAUGCCUGGAGCGCGCGCCAGGAGCGCAGUCGGACCCUGCUGCUGUGCCUUCUGCGGCGCGUGCGCUGGCUGCACCGAGCCACCAGCGUCGUUCGCCGAGAGCUGGCGGAGCUCAGCAACUUCUUGGAGGAGGACACCGCUCUGCUGGAGGGCACCUCACAGGAGGAGGCCAAGGUCGCCCCAGAAGGCAACGCUGGGGCUGAGGUGGUGGGGGAGCCCAGGGCCAACGUACCUUGUAAAUAGGUCAAUAAAAGCGGAGCCCAGG